AUCGAUCCGGGAGUGUGGGCUUUGUUGUGGGAAUGUGGACUGUUAGUCGUUACGCACUUCCUCAGAUUAGCCGGGUGUCCUGAGCUGCAGACUGUGGAAGAGAAAGCGGAAGCGAGUGUUCUUCCCCCAGCAGGUGCAAGCAUGGCUAUCCUAUUUUCUGUUGUUGCUAGAGGAACCACUAUACUUGCUAAACAUGCUUGGUGCGGUGGAAACUUCUUGGAGGUGACUGAGCAGAUCCUAGCAAAGAUCCCAUCAGAGAACAACAAACUCACAUAUUCCCAUGGAAGCUAUUUGUUUCAUUUCAUUUGCCAAGACAGAAUAAUAUACCUUUGCAUAACUGAUGAUGACUUUGAGCGUUCCAGAGCGUUUAAUUUCUUGAAUGAAAUUAAGAAACGAUUUCAGACAACCUAUGGAUCCAGAGCACAGACAGCACUUCCUUAUGCCAUGAACAGUGAAUUUUCUAGUGUGCUUGCAGCGCAGUUGAAACACCAUUCUGAAAAUAAGAGUAUUGAUCGUGUAGCAGAGACUCAAGCACAAGUAGAUGAACUGAAAGGAAUUAUGGUCCGAAAUAUAGAUCUAGUUGCCCAAAGAGGAGAACGAUUAGAGCUGCUGAUAGAUAAAACAGAAAGCCUAGUUGAUUCUUCUGUCACGUUCAAGACCACAAGCAGAAACCUGGCCAGAGCUAUGUGCAUGAAAAACAUGAAGCUGACGAUCAUAAUUGUUAUUGUAACCAUAGUUAUCAUCUACAUUAUUGUGUCGGCAGCAUGUGGGGGGCUGUCAUGGCCAAACUGUGUGAAGAAGUAGUGUUUUCUAGUGCUCGAGGAUUGCCCAGGAAUGAGGAAAACAGUGUUUCACACACGUAACAUCCUAUAGAAAAGAGACUUGAAACCAAGCCUUUCCCCUUGGAUGUGAUGACUUGUUUUGUCCUCCUCAUUAUUCUCUUCAUCCUUCCCUAAUGGACUUCUGCUGUAUCUCAUAUAUAAGGGAAAAAGAGGAGAGUGCUGCAUCACGUUGCACAAACAGAGCGUUGGAAGAAAAACUGGUGAAUACAAAUCGGCAUUUUGUCUGUUUUCUGUUUUUUUUUUUUUUGUUUUUUUUUUUUGUCCAUUGUGUGCCACUGAAAAUUAACUUCCAUGACUUUUAUCUGCAAAGGGUUUGUGUUUUAGUCUUAAAGGAAAACUAUACCCCCAAAAUAAAUACUUGAGCAACAGAUAGUUUAUAUCAAAUUAAGUGGCAUAUUAAAGAAUCUUACCAAACUGGAAUAUAUAUUAAAGUAAAUAUU